AUGAGGUUCCUGGGUAUCGUGUGUGGCCUGGCUCUGAUGCUGGCCCUCUCCUCCUGCUUCACGCGCGGACGUAAUGCAUUGAUUGAUAAGGCCUACAGAUGGAAGUUCCCCAUACCUUACAUCCUGACUAACAGCCUGGAUCUGAACGCCAAGGGAGUGAUCCACCAGGUGUUUGAAACCUACCGCCUCAAGUCCUGUGUGGACUUUAAACCUUAUGAGGGAGAGACCAGCUACAUCAAGUUCGAAAAACUAGAUGGGUGCUGGUCCAUGAUCGGGGACAUGAAGGAGGGUCAACAGCUGUCCCUGGGCGACACCUGUGAUUACAAGGGCACCGUCAUGCACGAGCUGCUGCACGCGCUGGGCUUCUACCACGAGCAGUCGCGCACCGACAGGGACGACUAUGUCAACAUCCACUGGGACCAAAUCAUACCUGGCAUAGAGUCUAACUUUGAGAAGCACGACGACACGCUCAUCUCUGACCAGAACACCCCGUAUGACUACGAGUCCAUGAUGCACUACGACCCUUACCUGUUCGGGAUCGACCCCGACUACCCCACCAUCACCGCCAAGGACCCGCAGAUGACCAAGCUGCUUGGACAGUACAACGACUUCAGCGACAUGGACCUGCUCAGGCUCAACAGGAUGUACAACUGCACUGCCCCCCUGACUCUGCUGGACCAGUGUGCUUUCGAGUCCAACAGUGUGUGUGGCAUGAUCCAGAACGAGAGAGACACCGCAGACUGGAUACGCACACACAGCUCUUCCUCCUCUCCUGACCACACUCUAGUGGGACAGUGUGGCAGUGCUGGAUUCUUCAUGCAUUAUCCCACCAACAAGGGGCUGGUUGAGGACUCAGCAUUCCUGGAGUCCAGGAUCCUGUACCCCAAGAGGAACCUCCAAUGCCUGCAGUUCUUCUACAAGAUGACCGGGAGCCCCAAGGACAAGCUUGUGGUUUGGGCCAGGAGAGAGGAUGCUAAGGGGAGGACCAUUUCCACCACAGCCGCUGCAACUUUUAUGGGUGACGACGACCACUCCUGGAAAAUCGCCCACGUGCCCUUGAAGAUGGACGGCAAGUUCCGCUACGCCUUCCAAGGUCUCCGCGGAGACCCGUCCAACUCCCAAGGCGGCAUCCUGAUCGACGACGUCACGCUGGCCGAGACGCGAUGCCCGAGCGGCGUGUGGCGCGUGGCCAACUUCAGCAAGCUCAUGGCCACCAUGGCCCCUGGGGAGUACGUCCGGAGCCCACUCUUCCACAGCCCCGAGGGCUAUGGCUUCAGCCUGCAGCUCAUCCCCAACUCGGACGAGUACCCCGGCUACGUGGGAGCCUUCUUCCACCUCACCAGCUCGGCGAACGACCACGCGCUGAAGUGGCCGGCGGGCAACAGGCAGGUGACCAUGACGGUGCUGGAUCAGCACCACGACGUCACCCGAAGGCAGUCGUUUUCCGCCAGCUUUACCACUGACCCCAAAGAGCUCGUGCCCGGCUCUGAUCUGUUCUACUGGGACAAUCCUGCCAAGGUGGGCACCUACGACCCCUCCUGUGACUGCUAUCACGGCUGGACCUGGGGCUGGAGCUGGUUCUUCUCCCAUGCUGACCUGCAGAAGCGAAGCUUCCUGAAGAACGAUGACUUUAUUCUCUUCAUUGAGUUUGAAGAUCUCACCCCUCUGGUUAAUACUGCCUAGGCAUGAGAAGGCACUCCUUCAGAGAUCAAAGAAAGAGGAUACCAAUAAAUAUGACAUGCUUUGUUAGAUUUAGUGUCUGAAUUAUUUGCAUUAUUUGUAGGCUUGUUCAUGAAGACAAAACAAUGUGAUGAUCAUGCAUGAAAUCCUUGUGGUUAUGAGGGGCAAACGUGAUUGGGAAGGCUCCAAUGUAGGCUAGGCCUACAUUAAAAAUGACAACACUCUUGUUUUUUGUACACAAAAUAUUUGUUUCAAUGACAAAUUACAUGUUCCACAGCCACAUUAGCAAUUUAAUUAUACGAUAACCAUUGAAAUGAGAAAUGACCAUUUCUAGUGAUAUUAAAAGCUGUGCUGCCUGUCGCUGGAUUUCCAGCAUUCAUUAGGCCUAUACUUGUUAAAAUGUUUAUAGCACGUAAUAUAACUCGUACGGUCCACUCUACUGCUAAAAAACUCAACCUUAUUAAUUAACGCAGCUAA